UGUCGCUGUUAUUAAACGUUCAUCAUGUUCCGCCCAGCUAUUUUCUUAUCGUUGUUGUUGUGCAUAAACUGUUACAUAGUCGAUCCUGGCCCAUUAUUUCCACCUACCAAAGGCGAAGUGUGGCCACUGGUCGCGAACAGAACGAAAAACACAAAUUAUUUUAUUGUGCGGCCCUUAUUAUUUGAGUUUCAGGCUGUAGGUGGCGAUUGUACUAUACUUCAGCAAGCGUUUUCCAGAUACUGGAAUAUUCUAAAUUCAGUGGCACUGAGCCAUUUUGGCCCCGUACAAAAACUUGAAAAUGACAUUUUUAAAAAACGCAAAUAUUUAAAAAAGCUGAAUUACAAACGAAAUGAUUAUAAUUUAAUAGAUUUCUUAGAUAUUUUAAAUGUAAAUCUGGUUGGCAAAUGUGAAGAUAACGAUAUGCCCUACUAUAAUAUGGAUGAGAGUUAUACGCUAAAUCUUGAAAAGGGUACCACUGAACUCAAAUCAAAUUCUAUAUGGGGAAUUCUUCGUGGUCUUGAAACAUUUUCCCAACUGGUGUAUGUGGACGACGACACGAUUACACUUAAAAUUAAUGCCACCUACAUUGAAGAUUAUCCCCGAUAUUCGCACAGAGGCCUGCUUCUGGAUACCGCCAGACAUUUCAUAUCGGUGAAACGAAUUUACGAAACUUUAGAUGCCAUGGCUUACAACAAACUAAACGUUUUCCAUUGGCAUAUCACCGACGACCAGAGCUUUCCCUACAAAAGCAUCAAGUUUCCAAAUAUGAGUCAACUGGGAGCUUACCAUCCAAUCUCCAAAGUUUAUGAACAAGUAGAUAUCAAAGGUGUGAUCGAGUAUGCAAGACUGAGGGGAAUUAGGGUCAUACCAGAGUUUGAUACACCAGGACACACUCGAUCUUGGGGUGAAGCCAUUGAUAAUCUACUGACUGAAUGUUACAAUGAUGGUGUACCUACUGGACAAUUCGGCCCCAUCGAUCCAACAAGAGAUGCAACCUAUUCAUUUCUGAAAGAUUUUUUCGAAGAGGUUGUCGAAGUUUUUCCAGAUAAAUAUUUACAUUUGGGAGGUGACGAGGUCGAAUUUGAAUGCUGGAUGAGUAACGAACGCAUUAACGAGUUUAUGGAAAAACACAACAUUACCAACGAUUAUGCAGCUCUGGAAAGCUAUUACAUACAAAAACUGCUGAAUAUUGUAAAAUAUUUAAAUACAAGUUACGUCGUGUGGGAGGAAGUGUUUAAUAACGGCAUUCAACUUCCCGAUGAAGCAAUAGUACAUGUAUGGAUUGAAUCCAAUUACAAGAAAAAACUACAAGAAGUGACAGAAAAUGGCAAGCAAACGAUUUUAUCAGCUUGCUAUUAUUUGGAUCAUCUAUCAACAGGCGGAGACUGGUUGGCGUUUUAUAUACCCGAUCCUGCCAAUUUCACGGGCACAGACGAACAGAAAAAACUAAUCAUGGGAGGUGAAGCCGCGAUGUGGACGGAAGUAGUUGAUGAUAACAAUAUAAUUAGCAGAAUUUGGCCAAGGGCAUCCGCUGUAGCAGAAAGGUUGUGGUCUGUAAACGCACCUAAUCUGAACCUGGAUGAGAAUGGCGACCUUAAUAUAAUUAACCUGUCCAUUACAGGGAAAUUAACUUCAGCUACAGAUGAAGUCGCACGUAGACUUGAAGAACAUACAUGCAGAAUGAAUAAAAGAGGCAUUGAAGCACAACCUCCUUCAGGUCCGGGAGUCUGUUUAUAAAAUUGUAGUAUAUUGUAAUAUUUUAAUAUAAUUUUACUUACCCUA